AUGUAAGAAAUAAACUAAUGUAAUUAAAAACAAAUAAUUUAAUCAAUUAAUUCAUGCUAAUAUGUAAUUUAAUACUGCUAAGAUUAUUAAUAAAUAAAUUUUACUGAAUUUUAUUUUUGUACAAUAAAUGAAAAUGUUUUAGUUUUAGAUAUAUUAACAAUUUUUGUACCUUUAUUAUCAUUUUAAAUAUUAAGUUCAACCUCGGAAAUAUAUUUAUCAGCAUCUUUAUAAAAAAUAUCUAAUUUUUUUAAAUUCUCUUAAACUUUUACUGCAAUUACUAUAUUAGCUUUUGGAAACGGAGCUCCUGAUAUAUUUACAGCUUUAAUAGCUGGAAAAUCAUAAAAUGGGGGUAUUAAUAUGAUUAUUGGUUCUAUUUUUGGGGCUGGAUUAUUUGUUACAACAAUUACUUUAUCAAAAGUUAUAUAAAAUGCAAAGAGAAUAAAAAUAGAUUAAAAAAUAUUUUUAAGAGAUAUUUUAUUUUAUAUAUUUGCAUAAUUAAUAAUUUUAUUUUAUACUUUUAUUGGAAAAGUAACUUGGUAUAUGUCUUCUUUAUUUAUUUCUCUUUAUAUUAU